ACCAAGAAGGCGACAAAGAAAGACAUGAAAAAAAGAGAUGCAGCUGCACAAAGAUUCUACAACCUUCCAUUCCUACCUCAAGCAGGCCAGUCCACCUCUGCACAGGAUCACCCAAAUACUGUGGACCAAAAUGUCAUUCAGCCUCCAACAACCUGGCCAGUGUACCAGCCUCCACCUACAGAGUCAUUUCUACCUGUCCAGCCACAGCACCAGCAUGCAACUGCCUGGCCACAGUACCAACUUCCAGUUUCCCAGUCAUCACCAAAUAUGCCACAACAUUACCAGCAUUCACCAGUCCAGGCGCUCAACCAGUAUGGAACUACUCUGUCUCCAAUUCCACACAAUUCCAGCCUUUCGCAGUAUUCAAAGCAUCACCAGCCUCACACAGCACUACCCACACCUUCAGACCAAACACAACAGCAGCCUGUUUUGGCAGAUUUGGAUCAGCAAAGACAGCCACCAGCUCCUACAGCCAAAGAAAGCUUCCUCAAAAUGUUGCACAGUCCUAAUACACAUCAAAAACCUGCUGUUCUUGGGGACCAGAGCCAGACAAGCACCUCUGAACAUGAGACUUUAAGCUCAUCUGCAGAUACGUUAAUCAUCGAGCGUGAUCCAAUUCCAGAAUAUGGAGAACCAUGUUUCAUUUCGGCUGAGUCAGCAGAAGACAGAUCAUGGAAGCCAUGCGAAGCAUGCAAGACAGAGGUGGAAAAAUUAGUGGAGGAAAAGGCCAAACUGCAUGAUGUGCUGUGUGGUAUAAGUGGUGAGCACCUCGAGGCAUUCAGAAGUUUUCUGGACAAAGUGGAACAGAUCCAACCUCAGGCUGGUGUUUGGGCUCCAAAAGGCAGAUCUCGGCAGCAGGAGCUAUAUCCAGGAAGUGGCCUCUUCUUGUCCUCGACUCACCUGGCUGCAAUCCAUGCAACCGCAAAGAAGGACUGCCUUCGCUUGUUCCAUCUUCUUUUUGAUGAAUUCUUCACUGCAGAGGAGUGCCAGAAUGCUGUGGCAUUUGGGAAACACGGAAAGGUGCCAGAUGGGAAGAGAGUCCUGGAUAAGUUUAAAGUCAAUGCGAUUCUAACUUACGUCAUGCGCUGUAGUACACUGGAUGGUUGGACACCGGUUGAGAAAAGUAAGGUCAAAAAAGCCUUCAUAAACAAAUGCCGCAUCAGGGCCACAACACUGUAAGACACAGUGUAAACACAGGGCACACAGAGAC